UUGGAUUUCUGAAAUCUGAAGUUUACGUGGUAUUAUAUGUGUGGAGGAUUUGUAAAUACGAAAUCUUUACAAAUAAAAUUUAAUAAUUGAAGGACAAAAUUGAAUAAUUGAACUAUUUGAUUUUAUACUUUAUAUCCAAGGUCUCUUUGAUCAGUGACAAUUAAGACACUGUUCGCGAUAAUUAUGUCUCUGACAAAAAGAAAACGUUCGAUUGAAAAUGAAGAAUUGCUUGAAAAUGGCGAUACGACUUCGCACACCGGCCAAAGCAACAUCAAAGGAGAUGAAAUUAAUAUUGCUGUGCUCUUAUUUUUAUAUACUCUUCAAGGCAUUCCUUUGGGACUUGCAGGAGCAGUUCCUAUGUUAUUACAAAACCGAGGAAUAACAUACACGCAACAGGCUGAGUUUAGUUUCGUCAAUUGGCCCUUUAGUGUAAAACUGCUCUGGGCGCCAAUAGUGGAUGCUAUAUUUUGGCCUGAAUUUGGAAGAAGAAAAACAUGGCUUGUGCCAGUGCAAUAUCUUAUUGGUAUUGGCAUGAUUAUAAUGUCUAAUAGUGUGACUGACUGGCUUGGAUCUGAUGAACAAGCUCCAUCUAUGACAAUUCUUACUGUAUCAUUUUUAUUACUUAACUUUUUGGCUGCCACUCAAGAUAUUGCAGUUGAUGGUUGGGCCUUAACAAUGCUGAAAAGACGUAAUGUGGGACACGCCUCCACAUGUAAUACAGUUGGGCAAACAGCAGGAUUCUUCCUUGGCUAUGUCUUAUUUUUGGCAUUGGAAUCUCCAUACUUUUGUAACAAAUAUCUGAGAACCAUACCUGAAGAAACAGGUCUUGUGACAUUGGCUAGUUUUCUUUUAUUCUGGGGCUGGGUGUUUAUUGUUACAACAACAUUUGUUGCAAUAUUAAAACAUGAAGCCAACGACCAAGUUGACCCGAAGGAAUCUCAAUCAAAGGGCAUGAAAGAUAUUGUAAAUGCAUACAAACAGCUUUUAACUAUUGUAAAGCUACCGGCAGUAAGGACUUUAGCUCUGGUGCUAUUUACUGCUAAGCUUGGCUUUUGUGCAAGUGAUGCAGUAUCAGGAUUGAAGCUUGUAGAGGCAGGAGUUCCUCGAGAGGACUUGGCACUACUGGCCGUACCAUUAGUCCCAGUUCAAAUCAUUAUGCCUGUGAUUCUUGCAAAACAUACAACAGGACCCGAGCCACUGUCUCUAUGGUUGCGUGCUUUUCCACUACGACUAUUAGUCGGCCCCUUAGCAGCCGCUCUUGUUGCUCUUACUCCAAGUCUUCUUGGUGACUCUGGUCCUUCAUAUUCUUACCUAUUCGUUCUGAUGCUGCUCUAUGUAUUCCAUCAGACAUGUUUGUAUUGUAUGUUUGUUGCGGUGAUGGCAUUCUUUGCUAAAGUAUCAGAUCCAACAGUUGGUGGUACCUACAUGACAUUGUUAAACACAGUCUCAAACUUGGGUACUAACUGGCCUAACACACUCGCACUCUGGGCUAUAGAUCAUUUAACGUAUAAGACAUGCAAUGCACCUCAACUUAGUGACAACACAUGUGCUACAGAAUUAGAAACUGAUGAGUGCAAGACUAAUGGUGGUUCAUGUGAAACACAAAUUGACGGUUUCUAUAUAGAAGUGGUAAUAUGUGUCGUAGCCGGCUUUCUCUGGCUGCAAUGGGGCAGAAGAACCAUCAACCGCCUACAAAGAUUGCCGGCUUCCGCUUGGCAAAUCGGUUAUAACAGAUAAGACUGAAUUAUAUUACUGAUUAUGUAAUAUAUUAUUUGUAAUUAGUAUAAGCACAAAAUAUGAAACAAAAAUUUCUAAAACAUCUUUAACUUCGAACUAUCUUGUAAGAUACAAGAAUCUUAAAAGAAUACAUCUCUAAGUGGAUUGGUUUGUAUACAAUUUCUCAUUCCAAGGUUUGUAAUAAAUGAAUUUAUAGUGUAUAUGACUUGUCUCUACUCUAUACAAAGUUUAAACUUUUGUUGCUGAGCAAUAAUGUUAUAUUUAAAUAUUUAUCUUCUAUUAUUUAAAAAGUCUAUAUAUUUUAAUAAUUAUUAAACAAUAUUUAUUUUAUUAUGCCAUGCAUACAUAACACAGUUUUUUGUUAUUUUUGUUCUCAUUUUAAUUAAAAUAAACAAACAAGUAUGUUAUAAUGGGAACAGAUCUUCUCACUGAGAAGAAACUAAUCAUUAAGAAUUUAGGCGAAUUUUAUUGUGAUAUUUAAUAAAUUAAUUUGUAAUAUUUAUAGAUCAUAAUAUUAUGUAUUGAUUUCUUUACUCCUAAAAUAGUACAAAAGUUCAUUUAGUUUUAUUGAAAUAACAUAGUAUUAUUUGUGUUUUAUUGUUUGUGUGAAUACAGGGAAUUAAACUUGUGUAUAUUGUCUAUAAUUUCUUUAUAUACACAUCAACAUUUCUUAAAAUAUACAGUUUACACGUAUAACAAUAAAUUUGACAUUUUUAUGCGAUUGUUUCAAAAUUAACUAAAAGUACAUAAUCAUAUGUAUAUAAGUGUGAAUUUUCAAACUUGAAGCUAGUACUAACAUAACUCGUUUUAAAAAUGUUUACUAAUAUGCAAUUAUAAUACAUAGCUGUCGGGUAAAAGUAAUAAUUUCAUAAUAAAACACUCAAACAAUAAAGAAGUAUUUGAAUAAAGAUGAAAAAUACAUUUCAUAGACACAAUGUGAUUCAUUAUACUUCCUUAUUUCUAGCAAAUUAAAAUUGUAUGUUGGUUACACAUUUGACCAUGAAAUAAAUUAUAGUAUUCGGUUGUAAAUAUAUGAACUUAUAAUAA